UUUGUUCAAUUCAGAGGCUUAAGAAUUAGGGUAUGGAGGAGAUCAAAGUAUGAUGUGGGAAUAUACAGGAAAUUAAAACAAAUUCUUUUCAAGGUUAGCAGGGCCACACUAAAUCCUUUCAAACUGCAAAUGUUCCUAAUUUGUGUUGAUUCAUUUUUCAUUUCUAUGCACCCAUGACUAAAGUCGGGGGGGGGGGGGUGUCUGUCUGUCUGGAACUUGCUCAUGUUAGUAAUAAGGCUCUCAUAUUUCAUAUUUUUAUUCCUUAUAAUAAGACAUUUCUUUUGAUAUCAAUUUUUUUUUUUACUUUUGUGUUUCGCCUACUUUUCACGUGUGCAUGUAGUGUGGAUUAUUCAACCAUUUCAGAGAUAGAAAACAAGAUUGGAACAAAACAUUUAUUGAAUACAAUUCAUGCCCAAUCUCUCUUAGUUUGUGCAUCCGAGUGUUCGAAUGAUUGUUCCUGUUUUGGGUAUCAUCGGGAAACGAAAGAAUGUCGAUUGCAUGUAAUCUGUGACAAAAACCAAAUAGUAACUGAAGAAAUGGGUUGGCGGUAUUACAGAGUAUCACAAAACGCUGUUGACUGUUUACAGCUGUAUCAGAGUGGACAGACGUGUUCCGGGAUAUACACGAUCUACCCAGGGGGUGUCCCAUCUAAUGUCAUCUGUAAUAUGGAGAUCUCAGGAGGAGGAUGGACGGUUGUUCAGAAUCGCUUUGAUGGAUCUCUGGAUUUUAAUAGAAACUGGUUGGAUUAUAAAACUGGAUUUGGAUCGCCCAACGGAGAAUACUGGAUAGGUAAUGAGGUUAUCUACGAAUUGACGAAAGAUCUCACCAGCUCCUUAUACGUCACUAUAAUGCUGACAAAUGGGACCAGCUUAUUUCAGCAAUAUGAGACGUUCUCAAUUGCAAAUGAACUGGAUAACUAUAGACUUUACCUUGCCGGAAAAUCAUCGGGAACUCUGGGAGACAGAAUGACAAAGACAACGUCCAGUGACGCGAUAAACGGAAUGAUGUUUUCCACCAAAGAUCGAGACAAUGGUAGAAAUUAUAUGGACUGUGCUGGUGAACAUUUCGGAGGAUGGUGGUAUAAUUAUUGUCACGACGCUUAUCUGAAUGGGCUGUAUGGGUCGUCGUUAUGGAAACAGCCUUGGUAUCCUACGAUUGGGGAUGGAAGAUUGAUUAGGGAAACUGUCAUGAUGGUAAAAAGAGUGUGAACGAAAACGAAAAUUUCAAAGUCGAAAGAGGGAGGACUUACUGUUUUUCAUUUUUUUUUUCCACAGCCACAGUAA